CCGGCGCCCGGAAGGUCAGUGUGUGAAGGAGGUGGUGGUUACGCGGGUCUCCCCACUAUUCCAGAGGAGAAACGGCCGAGCACGCAAUCUCGGCGUGAGACGGGGAGAAGCAGACGGGCAGUUUGCUGCGAUACCAUGGAGGGCGGCGGCGGAAGCGGCAACAAAACCACUGGGGGGUUGGCCGGCUUUUUCGGAGCCGGUGGAGCAGGCUACUCGCACGCGGAUUUGGCCGGAGUCCCGCUAACUGGUAUGAACCCUCUGUCUCCUUAUUUAAAUGUGGAUCCACGGUAUCUCGUGCAGGAUACAGAUGAGUUUAUUUUACCAACUGGAGCUAAUAAAACCCGGGGCAGAUUUGAACUGGCCUUCUUUACCAUUGGAGGAUGUUGUAUGACAGGGGCUGCAUUUGGGGCAAUGAAUGGUCUACGGCUAGGACUGAAGGAAACCCAGAACAUGGCCUGGUCCAAACCAAGAAAUGUACAGAUCUUGAAUAUGGUGACCAGGCAAGGGGCACUUUGGGCUAAUACUCUAGGUUCUCUGGCUUUGCUCUAUAGUGCAUUUGGUGUCAUCAUUGAAAAAACACGAGGUGCAGAAGAUGACCUCAACACAGUAGCAGCUGGAACCAUGACGGGCAUGUUGUAUAAAUGUACAGGUGGUCUUCGAGGGGUGGCACGAGGCGGCCUGGCAGGACUAACUCUUACAAGCCUCUACGCACUAUAUAAUAACUGGGAGCACAUGAGAGGCUCCUUGCUCCAACAGUCUCUCUGAAGAGUACUAGCUGGUGAACGGAGGACACUUUAGUAGUCAUCCAGAUCAAUUUAUAAGUCAGUCUGGAGUCAUUUACUCUUUUACCUGCAACUAGUUUGAAAAAGGAGAUUCCAGUUUGCUGUGAUGAAGAUCAUGGAUGGUUGACCAGGACUGGCACUCCUUCCAGCCAUUAAUGAGUUGAAGCCAAAACCCUUUGGUGGCUGAGUAAUGUGGCUCUCUUCUCCUUUAAAGAAGAUCUUGCACCUGUUUUUUCUCCUACCCCCUGAACUGGAAAACCACUUACUCCCAGAAUUCAGGUCAUGCUUGUCAAUGCUGUAUCACCACAUUUGUUCAUUUAAUAAUCCAAGACUGUAAUACUGCCCUGUAUUCCCAAUAAAGGGUAAAAACAGAACCAAAGUCAUAACUCCAACAUAAAA